GUUCCAAAAACGAGGAUUGCUCCACCGACAAGCGUUGCCAUGACAACCGCUGUAAAAUCGCCUGCAUGGUGGACAAUCAGUGCGGUAAAAACACGCUCUGCUUCUCGGAGAAACAUCAGUCCGUCUGCAAAUGCCAGCCGGGAUACACCGGAAACGUCGUGUCCGGCUGUACGGCCAUCGAUUACUGCUCCCAAACGCCCUGCGCCGCCGGCGCCAGAUGCGAAAACACCCGAGGCUCUUACAAAUGCUUUUGCCCGGCUGGAACGGUCGGCGAGCCGUACGGCGAAGGAUGCCAACAGCCGGUCGAGUGUCGCCAGAAUCAGGACUGCCCACCAUCAGCCGUUUGCGGCCGAGAAAAAGGACAACCGAAAUGCCAGGAUGUUUGUGCUGGAUACUCUUGCGGACCGAAUGCUGAUUGCCUUCCAGCUAAUCAUAAGGCCGCGUGCGUUUGUCGACAAGGUUACGAAGGAAAUCCGGCUGACAGAACUGUCGGAUGCGUCCGCAAACCGGUCAGCUGUAAAGCCCAGCCCGAUUGCCCGCCCAACACCUUCUGCUACGGUGGCAUUUGCAAGCCGGCCUGCCAGUCCAACACCGAAUGUCAAGACGGUGAGGCGUGUGUCCGCGGACAGUGUGUCAACCCUUGUUCGCUAGAUGGCGCCUGCGGCAUGAACGCCCAAUGUCGUCCUGUCAAUCACGAAGCUGUUUGUUCGUGCUCUGCCGGCUUCACUGGAACACCGAAAACUGAAUGCAUUCGAAUUCCAGUUGCCUGUACUCGUGACGGAGAGUGUGGUACUGGUAACAAAUGCAAUGACGGCCGUUGCGUUCCGGCUUGCACCAGCGACUCGAAAUGCGCAAUGAACGAGAAGUGCGUCGACGGCCAGUGUAUGCUCACCUGCCGCGUGGACAACGAUUGCUUCCUCAGCCACAUUUGCCUCAACAACAUGUGCAUUGUUGGCUGCCACCAGAACAGCGAUUGUGCAACCGACGAAGCCUGUAUUGAAAGUCGCUGCAAGAACCCGUGUAGUUCUGAAGCCGUUUGCGGACCCAACGCUUUGUGUAAUGUGGUGAAUCAACGAGCUCAAUGCACCUGUCCGGCCGGUUUCUUGGCCUAUCCGACGCCCAACACGGCUUGUGUCCGAGAACCCACACCUUGCACUGGAACCAAGAGCUGCGCUGCCGGAUUCACCUGUCAGAACUCGGUUUGCCGGCCGCUCUGCUCGGCCGACACCCAGUGUUUGGUCAACGAGCGCUGCAGCCAAGGGAUGUGCGUGCCCGUCUGUCGUCAAGAUACCGACUGUUCCAGCGGAGAGAUCUGCUCGAUGGGAAUGUGCAAAAUUGGAUGCCGGACCGAUCCCGAUUGUCCCAUGACUCACGCCUGUCUCAACGCCCAGUGCGUCUCCGUCUGCGCAUCGCCGGCCGCUUGCGGUACCAACGCCAAAUGCCUGGGAACCAACCACCGAGCCCAGUGCAGUUGUCUCGACGGAUUGGUCGGCAACGCGAAAGUCGCCUGUCGCUAUCCGCCGUCCACCUGUACCGGCGCCGGCGAAUGUUUGGCCAAUCAGAAAUGCAUCGGAGGAAUGUGCCGUCCAGGCUGCGCCAACGAUCAGGGAUGCUUGUCGGAUUCUCGAUGCAUCAAUGGCGUUUGCAGCCCAGUUUGUAACAGCGACGCUUUCUGCGAUAGAGGACACGUCUGUCUCGACCGUGUUUGCGUCGUCGGUUGCCGAAACGACGCCACUUGCCCGGCUAAUCAAGCUUGCAUCAACAACAAAUGCACAGAUCCUUGUCGAGUUCCGAACGUGUGUGGCAAUUGCGCUGUGUGCGAAGUCAUCAAUCACGUAGCUCAAUGCACGUGCCCGUCCGGAUCCAUUGGUAACCCUCAAAUCGGAUGCUCCAUCACGCCGACCAGAUGCGCAGCCAAUGGUGAUUGCGGUUCUGGAACAUGUAUUUCCGGAUUCUGUUCCAAAACCUGUACGAAAAAUAACGAAUGUAGCUGCGGGGAGUCUUGCGUCCAGGGCCGUUGUCGCCUCAAGUGCUCGGCGGAUAACCAAUGCCCAACCGGCCAACUGUGUCGCAUUGGAAGCUGCGCUCCCGGAUGCAAGGCCAACACGGAUUGCGCCGUCCAGCAAGCUUGCAUUAACGGACAGUGCAGAGAUCCCUGUCAGAUAAGCCCGUGCGGACGUAGUGCUGAAUGCCGCAUCUCUGACCAUCGCGCGGUGUGCCUCUGUCCGAACGGCUUUUCUGGAAAUCCAACCGUCGGUUGCGAGAAGAACGAAUGCGAGCGCGAUGGCGAUUGCGACAUGGAAAAGCGCUGCCAGAAGAACCGCUGCGUCUUGCCGUGCCUCGAAGCCGGUGCUUGCGGAGCCAACGCCGUCUGUCGGUCCGUCUCACACAAGGCACAAUGUCUCUGCCCGCCAGGUUAUUUUGGAAACGCCCAAAUCGAAUGCAAACAAGAUAUCAACGAAUGUUUGAGCAACCCGUGCGGGGCCAACGCCAUUUGCACGGACAAUGUCGGUAGCUUCACCUGCACUUGCGCACCUGGAUGUGUCGGGGACCCAAUCAGAGGCUGCCUCUGCACUGCACCGUCCACCAUCGACCCGUGCGCAGAUUCCGGUUGUGGAACGCAUGCCUUGUGUCGUGUCGAGGGAACUCGUCCCGUCUGCUACUGCCCACCCAACUAUCCAUACGGAAAUCCUCGCACUGAAUGUGACAAUGAGAAACCUUCGAUGCGAACGGAUUGUCGAACAGAGGGUUGCGGCGAAGGAGCAUCUUGUGUUGCCCAGGGCCCGCAGUACGUCUGCAGAUGUCGAACGGGCCUUCAAGGAAAUCCUGAAGUUCGCUGCAGCGCAGCUGUCGGUUGUCGAACGGAUUCCGAAUGUCCAGCGAAGGAAGCUUGCAUCAACGGACGCUGUCAGGUAGUUGAUAUUCCCAAGGAGCCCGUGGUCGGUGAAUGUCCACCGUGCCGGCCCAACGAGGAGUGCGAUGCCACUACGCUCACGUGCUUCCCGGUGGUUGUCGGAGAGUGUCAAUCCAAUAACGACUGCCCUUACGAUCGUUAUUGUGACCGCCCUACCGCCCAGUGUAUUCCAGUUUGCCAGACUCGCGUUUGCGGCCGUCUCGCCUCCUGCCAAGCCGUCAGUCACAACGCCGUCUGCAGUUGUCUCGAAGGAUACACUGGAAAUCCUCGCGAGCAGUGCUACCAAUUGACUGGUUGCAGAAGCAACAGCGAUUGCCCGGCAAAAGAAGCUUGCAUCAACGGACAAUGUGUCAAUCCCUGCCGUUGUGGCGUUGGAGCUGUUUGCGAAAUUCGUGAUCAUAAUCCAAUCUGCAAAUGUCCAGCUGGCACCAUUGGCAACCCAUUGACCGGCUGUACAUCCCCCGUGAUAUCUGAACCAUGCAAUCCUAGCCCAUGUGGACCGAAUGCUGAUUGCAGUGUGGGUUUCACAAAGAAUCCCAUCUGUACUUGUCGUCCAGGAUUCUUCGGCGAUCCGCAGAGCAACCGCGGUUGCGGACCGGAAUGUACCACCAACAGCGAAUGCCAACCGACUCAGGCUUGCAUCAACCAAAAGUGUCGCGAUCCAUGUCCAGGCGCUUGCGGAAUCAACGCAGCAUGCCGCGUGACGGGACACAAUCCAGUCUGCACAUGCGUUCCUGGAUAUACCGGCAAUCCUUACGAGAAUUGCAACCCGAUUGUCGUUUCACCCGUCGUUACCCCGACAUUAUCCCCACCGGUUUCAUACCCACAAUUGCCACCGAGACCCGAUUGCCCCAACUGCAAACCCGAAUGCGUCCUCAACUCGGAUUGCCCACCCAACUUGGCCUGCAUGAACCAAAAAUGUAGGGAUCCUUGUCCUGGAGUGUGUGGCCAAAAUGCAGUUUGCAAAGUCAACAACCACAACCCGAUAUGUUCGUGUUUGCAAGGAUAUCAAGGCGAUCCGACCAGAUCUUGCGCACCAAGACCCGUUUCACCUAGUGUGGUUGAACCUGUCGUUCCCAAUCCUUGCAAUCCAAAUCCAUGCGGCAACUACGCAGAUUGUCGACCUGUCAAUAAUCAAGCCACUUGCUCUUGCUUGCCCGGUUAUUACGGCAACCCGUGUCGACCCGAAUGCAUAGCCAGCAGCGACUGUCCUAAAAACAAGGCCUGUGUCAAUCAAAAAUGCGUCGAUCCAUGCCCGGGCACAUGUGGAAUAGGAGCCAACUGCGUCAUUAAAGAUCACAAUCCGAUCUGUUCAUGCCCCGGCACCAUGACGGGUGACCCGUUCGUUCGUUGCACUGAGCCGGUAGUUGUCCAACCAGAGCCGGUUACGUCCAGACCUAAAGAUCCUUGCAAUCCAGCACCUUGCGGAGUUGGAGCUACUUGCCGAGCUCAAGGAAACAGUGCGUCUUGCAAAUGUCCACCAAACUACGUCGGCGAUCCUUACAGCGGCUGCAGGCCGGAAUGCGUGCAAAAUUCGGACUGUCCUCGGGACAAGAGUUGCGCCAACAACCGAUGCGUCGAUCCUUGCCCUGGCGUCUGCGGUUUGAACGCCGAAUGUCGCGUUAUCAAUCACUAUCCAGUCUGCAGUUGCCAGUCCGGCUAUUCAGGCGAUGCCUCAUCGGCUUGCCGGCCAAUUCCAGUCGAAAGCCGGCCCAUCGAGCCCGUUGUCAGCGAGAGACCUUGCGUCCCGUCGCCUUGUGGGCCAAACAGCGCCUGUAGGGAAGUCAGCAACCAGCCCGUCUGCUCUUGUCAAUCUGGAUUCGUUGGAGUUCCGCCCAGCUGCCGUCCCGAGUGUUCCUCCAACGCCGAGUGCUCUCAAUCGUUGGCAUGUAUCAACCAGAAGUGCAGGGAUCCUUGUCUUGGUGUUUGCGGAGAGAACGCCGUUUGUCGAGUCGUUCAGCAUAACCCGAUUUGUAAUUGUCCGAGGGAUCUUACAGGCGAUCCAUUUGUUCGUUGCCAACCUUUCCCUGUUCGACCACAACAGCCCGUCAUUGAGGAGCCAUCCAACCCGUGUAUACCUUCGCCAUGCGGUCCCAAUUCCAAAUGUCAAGUGGUUAGCAACCAAGCCCAAUGCGGUUGUCAAGACGGUAUGAUCGGCACGGUGCCCAACUGCCGGCCUGAAUGUGUCCGCAACAGCGAUUGCCCGUCCAACUUGGCCUGCAUCAAUCAGAAAUGUAAAGAUCCUUGCGCUGGCAUUUGCGGCGCCAACACUCAGUGUCGCGUCGUCGGUCACAAUCCCGUCUGCUCUUGCAAAGAAUCUCACACUGGCGAUCCAUUCCGUAGCUGCGUCCCGAUCCAACCUGUUGUAUCAGAACCUCCGAAGAAACCAACACCUACUCCUUGCAAUCCGUCACCUUGCGGCGCCAACGCUGUUUGUCGCGAACAAUCCGGAUCGGCCAUUUGUCAAUGUCUCCCCGAGUACUUUGGCGACGCCCGACAGGGUUGCAAACCCGAGUGCGUCCUCAACUCCGAUUGCGCUUCCACUCAAGUUUGCGUCAACCAGAAAUGUCGCGAUCCGUGCCCGGGUUUAUGUGGCAACAACGCCGAAUGUCGUGUCAUCAAUCACUUCGCCUCGUGCUACUGCCCUCAAGGACAUACUGGCAAUCCGCUCGAAUCUUGCAAGAUCAUUCCAGUUGAAGUAGUCCCGAGACCGACAGAGGCAUCUGUUGAGGAAAAAUGUAAACCGUGCAGUCCUUCUCCAUGCGGGCCGUACAGCGUUUGCCGUGAAAUGGAUUGUCGCCCAGUUUGCUCUUGUCAAGCCGACUACCACGGCGUGCCACCCAGUUGUAGGCCGGAGUGUCUCGUAAAUUCAGACUGCGAAUCCACCCUGGCAUGCAUUAACCAGAAAUGUCGCGAUCCUUGCGCUGGAAUCUGUGGACAAGAUGCCGAAUGUCGAGUUAUCAACCACAAUCCCAUCUGCAGUUGUCCUCGAGGACAAACUGGAGAUCCAUUCAUCGAAUGCCGUCCAACACCAGUUGUGAGACCACCCGUUCAACCGCAAAUCACGGACCCUUGCACGCCAUCGCCUUGCGGACCAAACAGUGUUUGCCAAGUGCGCGAUGAGAAAGCUACGUGUGGCUGUGUAGCUAACAUGAUUGGCACAGCUCCCAAUUGUCGUCCAGAGUGCGUGGUUAAUAGUGAUUGCCCGAGCAAUCGAGCUUGUGUCGCCCAAAAGUGCGUCGAUCCUUGCCCAGGCGCUUGUGGUUUCCAUACCGAAUGCCGCGUCGCUAAUCACCAGCCUGUCUGCACUUGUCAACCGAAAUUCACCGGGGAUCCCUACACUUCAUGCCGGCCAAUACCCGUCGUUGUGCCGCCGACUGAAGCGUCAGUCGUCAAACCUUGCGAUCCUUCGCCGUGCGGGCCGAACAGUAUUUGUCGGCCAGUCGGCUCUCAGCCUGUUUGCUCUUGCCAAUCAGGCUUCGAUGGUGUUCCACCUGAUUGUCGACCUGAGUGUAUUUCAAGCUCCGAAUGCCCACCAUCGAAAGCGUGUAUCAACAUAAAAUGUCAGGAUCCCUGCCCAGGAGCAUGUGGUCGAGAUGCACAAUGCCGAGUUGUCAAUCACAGCCCGAUCUGUGUCUGCCCGUCCGGAUGGACUGGCGACCCUCUAACUGGAUGUCGCAUUAUCCCUAAACCAACAACUAAUCCUGUAGUGGAGGAAGGCACGUUACGACCCUUACCACCUAACCCUUGCACGCCGACACCUUGCGGUCCCAAUUCGCAGUGUCAAGUGGUUGCGGGACAAGCCCAGUGCGGCUGUGUGCCCGGCAUGAUCGGAUCGGCGCCCAACUGCCGGCCAGAGUGCGUCCUCAACUCGGACUGUACGUCCAACAGGGCUUGCAUCAACCAGAAAUGCGUUGAUCCUUGCCCUGGAACGUGCGGCUCCAAUGCCGAGUGCCGAGUUGUCAGCCACUCACCCGUCUGCAGCUGCGUCACGGGAUACACGGGCAAUGCAUAUCGCAAUUGCCGACCAAUCCCAGCCAUCGUCGAGCCCAAUGUGGUUCAACCACCAAAACCUUGCGAUCCCAAUCCUUGCGGUACCAACGCUCAAUGCAAGGAACAAAACGGCGCCAUCAAUUGCGUUUGUCCGGCUAAUUAUGUCGGAGAUCCGUACAGCUCUUGCCGGCCGGAAUGUGUUCUCAACACAGACUGCCCCCGUGAUAAGAACUGCGUAAACAACCGCUGUGUAGAUCCGUGCACAGACAUUUGCGGAAUUAAUGCAGUUUGUAAGGUCACGAAUCAUAUUCCUGUUUGCAGUUGUAAAGAGUCCCACACUGGAGAUCCUUAUGGAUCUUGCCGUCCUAUUCCUGUGAUAAUACCACCGACUUCCCCGAGCGUAGUUAGACCAUGCGUACCAACGCCUUGCGGUCCAAAUAGUCAAUGUCGGGAAAUGGGCAACGUGCCGGUCUGCUCUUGUCAACCGGGCAAUUUGGGUGUUCCACCAGAAUGCCGACCGGAAUGUGUUUCGAGUUCAGAAUGCGCCCCAUCCCAGGCAUGCACCAACUUUAAAUGCCAAGAUCCUUGUCCCGGAACUUGCGGUCGAGAUGCUAAAUGCCAAGUCGUUAACCACAACCCGAUUUGUGUCUGUCCGUCCGGAUGGACUGGUGAUCCUCUAACCGGUUGUCACAUUAUACCCACACCAGCACCAAAUACUGUAGGCGAAGUAGCAACAUUGCCACCUCUACCACCCAAUCCUUGCACACCCACACCUUGCGGACCCAAUUCGCAAUGUCAAGUCGUAGCUGGUCAAGCUCAAUGCGGAUGUGUCCCUGGCAUGAUUGGUUCGGUACCGAAUUGCCGACCGGAAUGCAUCCUCAGCUCGGAUUGUCCUUCGAGCCAAGCUUGCAUGAAUCAAAAGUGUAUUGAUCCAUGCCCUGGAACUUGCGCAUCCAACGCGGAAUGUAAAGUCGUCAACCAUUCACCGUUGUGUAUCUGCACGGCAGGUUACACGGGCGAUGGUUUCCGUAAUUGCCUACCGAUUGCGGCAGUAGUUGAACCAAAUGUCGUCCAACCACCAUCACCAUGCGACCCGAAUCCUUGUGGUACCAAUGCUCAAUGUAAAACGCAAAAUGGCGCAAUCAAUUGCGUCUGUCCAACAAAUUACGUCGGCGAUCCAUUCAGCUCUUGUCGCCCAGAAUGUGUUCUGAACACGGACUGUCCUCGCGAUAAGAGUUGCUCUCGUAAUCGCUGUGUAGAUCCUUGUGCUGGAACGUGUGGAGAAAAUGCUAAUUGCAGGGUGGCCAAUCACAUACCCGUCUGCAGUUGCAAAGAAUCUUAUACUGGAGAUCCAUAUGGAUCAUGCAGGCCCAUCCCUGUGAAGAUACCCCCAACAGCUCCGGUUGUUGAAAAACCAUGCGAUCCCCCUCCAUGUGGUCCUCAUAGCACUUGCAGACCCGUUGGCAAUGCGCCAGUUUGCGCUUGUCAACCGGGCUAUUUGGGAAUACCACCAGAAUGUAGACCGGAAUGUGUCUCGAGCUCAGAGUGCGCACCAUCCAAAGCAUGUGUUAACUUCAAAUGCCAAGAUCCUUGUCCUGGAACGUGCGGUCGAGAUGCACAAUGUCGCGUAGUUAACCACAACCCGAUUUGCGUCUGUCCGUCUGGUUGGACUGGUGAUCCUCUAACCGGUUGUCACAUUAUACCCACACCAGCACCAAAUACUGUAGGCGAAGUAGCAACAUUGCCACCUCUACCACCCAAUCCUUGCACACCCACACCUUGCGGACCCAAUUCGCAAUGUCAAGUCGUAGCUGGUCAAGCUCAGUGCGGAUGUGUCCCUGGCAUGAUUGGUUCGGUACCGAAUUGCCGACCGGAAUGCCUCAUUUCAUCUGAUUGCCCCUCGAACAAUGCUUGCGUCAAUCAAAAAUGCAUUGAUCCUUGUCCCGGCACUUGCGCGGCAAAUGCGGAUUGUCGUGUUGUCAACCAUUCGCCCAUGUGCACUUGCGCUGCGGGUUACACCGGCGACAGCUUCAAAAAUUGUCGUCCUAUUCCAGUUGUUGUUGAACCUAACGUCGCACAACCACCUACACCAUGCGAUCCCAAUCCGUGCGGUACCAAUGCUCAAUGUAAAACGCAAAACGGAGCCAUUAAUUGCGUCUGUCCGGCGGGUUACAUCGGUGAUCCUUACAGCUCAUGUCGGCCAGAAUGCGUUCUCAACACAGAUUGCCCACGUGAUCAAAGUUGUUCGCGCAACCGCUGUAUCGAUCCUUGCGCGGGAGCUUGCGGCAUCAAUGCCGACUGUAGAGUCGCCAACCACAUUCCCGUUUGCAGUUGCAAAGAAUCCCACACUGGAGAUCCUUACGGAUCUUGCCGUCCUAUUCCUGUGAUAAUUCCGCCAACAUCUCCAGUUGUUAACGAGAGACCAUGCGUACCGACUCCUUGCGGUCCUAAUAGUCAAUGUCGUGAAGUCGGUAAUGCUCCGGUUUGCUCUUGCCAGCCGGGCUAUCUGGGCAUCCCACCAGAAUGUCGACCAGAGUGUGUCUCAAGUUCAGAGUGUGCUCCAUCCCAGGCGUGUUCCAAUUUCAAAUGCCAAGAUCCUUGUCCCGGAACUUGCGGUCGAGAUGCUAAAUGCCAAGUCGUUAACCACAACCCGAUUUGUGUCUGUCCGUCCGGAUGGACUGGUGAUCCCCUAACCGGUUGUCAAGUCAUUCCGACCCCUAUACGCGAUCCUGUAGUGGAAGAAGGCACGUUACGACCCUUACCACCCAACCCGUGCAACCCAUCACCUUGUGGACCCAACUCGCAAUGUCAAGUGGUUUCGGGACAGGCCCAGUGCGGCUGCGUGCCCGGCAUGAUUGGUUCGGUACCAAACUGCCGACCAGAGUGUGUCGUGAGCUCGGAUUGCCCCUCUAACGAGGCCUGCGUGAACCAGAAAUGUGUCGAUCCAUGCCCUGGCACAUGUGCACCCAACGCUCAAUGUAGGGUCGUGAAUAACUCGCCUGUAUGCGAUUGCAUAAAGGGAUUCACUGGCGAUGGUUUCAGUCAUUGUCGACCUACUCCAGUAGACGUCACACCGAACGUAGUCGAACCGCCAAAGCCGUGCGAUCCCAAUCCGUGCGGCACCAACGCUCAAUGCAAAACACAGAACGGAGCAAUCAAUUGCGUCUGUCCGACCAACUAUGUCGGAGAUCCCUACAGUUCUUGUCGUCCAGAAUGCGUACUCAACACGGAUUGCCCACGCGAUCAAAGCUGCGCUCGAAACCGAUGUGUUGAUCCUUGCCGCGGAACGUGCGGCCUGAACACGGACUGUAGCGUUUCCAAUCACAUUCCUAUUUGCAGUUGCAAAGAAUCCUAUAGCGGGGAUCCUUACGAUUCCUGCCGUCCUAUUCCUGUCAAAAUACCUCCAGUGUCUCCGUCGGUUGUCGAAAAACCUUGCGAUCCUCACCCGUGUGGUCCAAAUAGCAUUUGCAAACCAGUUGGCAACGCUCCCGUGUGCUCCUGCCAGCCCAGCUACAUGGGCUUACCACCCAACUGUAGACCCGAAUGUGCUUCCAGUGCGGAGUGCCCUGCAUCUCAGGCGUGCGUGAAUUUGAAGUGUAGGGACCCUUGUUUAGGAACGUGCGGUAGAGGAUCCGAAUGCUUUGUUGUUAAUCAUAGUCCGGUCUGUGUCUGCCCUGUUGGAUGGACUGGCGAUCCGUUGACUGGAUGUCGUAUCAUUCCGACUGUCGUGACUAGUCCGGUCGUUGAAGAGGCCACGUUGAAACCUUUACCCCCUAGUCCGUGUACACCAAAUCCUUGUGGACCCAACUCGCAAUGUCAGGCAAUAUCUGGUCAAGCUGAAUGCGGAUGUUUGGCCAACAUGAUCGGCUCGGCACCCAAUUGCCGGCCCGAGUGUAUCGUUAACUCAGAUUGCCCAGCCAAUGUGGCUUGUGUCAAUCAGAAAUGCAUUGAUCCUUGUCCGGGAACGUGUGGCUCGAAUUCAGAAUGCCGAGUGGUCAACCAUUCACCUGUGUGCACUUGCGAAUCAGGUUACACAGGCAACGCUUUCAGCAACUGCCGCCCAAUUCCUACAGUCGUCGAACCAAAUGUUGUUCAACCACCAAGACCUUGCGAUCCCAAUCCUUGCGGAACCAACGCACAAUGCAAGGAACAAAACGGAGCCAUCAACUGUGUCUGCCCGGCUAAUUAUGUCGGAGACCCGUACAGCUCUUGCCGGCCAGAAUGUGUUCUCAACACGGACUGUCCGCGCAAUAAGAAUUGCCUUCAGAAUCUUUGCGUAGACCCUUGUAAAGGAACGUGUGGUCCUAAUGCGGACUGCAGGGUCUCAAAUCACAUUCCUGUAUGCAGUUGCAAAGAAUCCUACCAGGGUGAUCCUUACGUAUCUUGCCGUCCUAUUCCCGUCAAAAUUCCACCAACCGCACCCUCUCUUACCGAGGAACCGUGCAAUCCAUCUCCGUGUGGGCCAAAUAGUGCGUGUAGGCCAGUCGGUAAUGCCCCGGUUUGUUCGUGCCAACCCAACUACUUGGGAUUGCCGCCAGAUUGUAGGCCAGAAUGUGUCUCUAGCUCGGAGUGCGCUCCUACUCAAGCAUGCCUUAACCUCAAGUGCCAAGAUCCUUGCAAAGAUACGUGUGGCCGAGACGCGCAAUGCAAAGUUGUAAAUCACAACCCAAUCUGCGUCUGUCCUUCCGGAUGGACAGGUGACCCAAUGACUGGGUGUCGCAUUAUUCCGAUACCUGCACCUAAUGUAGUUGGUGAACCUGGCACCUUGCCACCUAUUCCACCCAAUCCUUGCAAUCCGACACCUUGCGGACCCAACUCGCAAUGCCAAGUUGUUGGUGGACAAGCGCAGUGUGGAUGCGUUACCGGAAUGAUCGGCUCUGCUCCCAAUUGCCGCCCCGAAUGCGUACUCAAUUCAGAGUGUCCAUCAAAUCGAGCUUGUGUCAACCAGAAAUGUAUCGACCCUUGCGUCGGAACUUGCGCCCAGAACGGCGAAUGUACCGUCGUCAAUCAUAGACCUGUUUGUAGUUGCACGUCUGGGUUUUUGGGAGACGGUUUUAGCAAUUGCCGGCCCAUUCCAACUGUUGUUGAACCAAAUGUCGUCCAACCACCAUCACCAUGCGACCCGAAUCCUUGUGGUACCAAUGCCGAAUGUAAAACGCAAAAUGGAGCAAUCAAUUGCGUCUGUCCAACAAAUUACGUUGGCGAUCCAUUCAGCUCUUGUCGCCCAGAAUGUGUUCUUAACACGGACUGUCCCCGCGAUCAGAGCUGCUCUCGUAACCGCUGUGUAGACCCUUGUGUUGGAACGUGUGGCGAAAAUGCUAAUUGCAGGGUAGCCAACCAUAUACCCGUCUGCAGUUGCAAAGAAUCUUAUACUGGAGAUCCAUAUGGAUCAUGCAGGCCCAUCCCUGUGAAGAUACCCCCAACAGCUCCGGUUGUUGAAAAACCAUGCGAUCCCCCUCCAUGUGGUCCUCAUAGCACUUGCAGACCCGUUGGCAAUGCGCCAGUUUGCGCUUGUCAACCGGGCUAUUUGGGAAUACCACCAGAAUGUAGACCGGAAUGUGUCUCGAGCUCAGAGUGCGCACCAUCCAAAGCAUGUGUUAACCUCAAAUGCCAAGAUCCUUGUCCUGGAACGUGCGGUCGAGAUGCACAAUGUCAAGUAGUUAACCACAACCCGAUUUGCGUCUGUCCGUCUGGUUGGACUGGUGAUCCUCUAACCGGUUGUCACAUUAUACCCACACCAGCACCAAAUACUGUAGGCGAAGUAGCAACAUUGCCACCUCUACCACCCAAUCCUUGCACACCCACACCUUGCGGACCCAAUUCGCAAUGUCAAGUCGUAUCUGGUCAAGCUCAGUGCGGAUGUGUCCCUGGCAUGAUUGGUUCGGUACCGAAUUGCCGACCGGAAUGCCUCAUUUCAUCUGAUUGCCCCUCGAACAAUGCUUGCGUCAAUCAAAAAUGCAUUGAUCCUUGUCCCGGCACUUGCGCGGCAAAUGCGGAUUGUCGUGUUGUCAACCAUUCGCCCAUGUGCACUUGCGCUGCGGGUUACACCGGCGACAGCUUCAAAAAUUGUCGUCCUAUUGCCAUUACUGUUGAACCUAACGUCGUACAACCGCCUACUCCAUGUGAUCCCAACCCUUGCGGCACAAACGCUCAAUGCAAAACGCAAAAUGGAGCCAUCAAUUGCGUCUGUCCGGCUGGUUACAUCGGUGAUCCUUACAGUUCGUGUCGACCAGAAUGCGUUCUCAACACAGAUUGUCCACGUGAUAAAAGUUGUUCGCGCAACCGUUGCAUCGAUCCUUGCCCUGGAACAUGUGGAAUCAAUGCCGACUGUAGAGUUGCCAAUCACAUUCCAGUUUGCGGUUGCAAAGAGGCAUUUACCGGCGAUCCCUACGAAUCCUGCCGUCCCAUACCUGCUAAACCAAUUCCAACACCGAACGUGGCAGAGAAACCUUGUGUGCCUUCACCGUGCGGACCGAACAGCCAGUGCCGUGAGGUUGGUAAUGUUCCCGUAUGCUCUUGCCAACCGGGCUACCUGGGCUUGCCACCUGAUUGCCGGCCUGAAUGUGUUUCCAGCUCGGAAUGCGCACCCGCACAGGCUUGCAUCAAUUUCAAGUGCCAAGAUCCUUGCACUGGAACUUGCGGCCGGGAUGCCGAUUGUCGAGUAGUCAAUCACAAUCCCAUCUGUGUCUGUCCAUCCGGAUGGACCGGUGAUCCUCUAACCGGUUGUUCUCCAAUUCCAACAUCCACACUGAACCCGCUAGGAGAAGUAGCUACGCUACCUCCUCUACCCCUCAAUCCCUGCACUCCGACACCUUGCGGACCAAACUCCCAGUGCCAAGUCGUUGCGGGACAGGCCCAGUGCGGCUGUAUGCCCAACAUGAUCGACGCUAGUCCCAACUGUCGGCCGGAAUGUAUUCUCGGCUCCGAUUGUCCGUCCAAUCAGGCUUGCGUCAACCAAAAAUGCGUCGAUCCUUGCCCGGGUACUUGCGGCUCCAAUUCCGAUUGUCGAGUCGUCAAUCAUUCCCCGAUUUGCACCUGCGCAUCUGGUUACACAGGCAAUGCCUUCGAUAACUGUCGACCCGUACCUGUUGUUGGCGUGCCGAAUGUGGUCGAACCACAACGACCUUGCGAGUCCCACCCUUGUGGCACAAAUGCCCAAUGUAAAGAAUCACCAAGCGGCGGUAUUAAUUGCGUCUGUCCGGCCAAUUACAUGGGCGAUCCGUACAGCUCUUGCCGGCCCGAAUGCGUUCUGAGCAGCGACUGCCCGCGCGAUCGCACUUGCUCCCGCAAUCGUUGCGUGGAUCCUUGCGCCGGAGCUUGCGGCGACAACAGCCAAUGCCGCGUCGCCAAUCACGUGCCCGUCUGCUCUUGCCUCCAGGGUUUCUCCGGAGACCCUUACUCAUCAUGCCUACCUAUCCCUGUCGAGUCCCGACCCAUCGAUCCUACACCAUCGGAAAAGCCUUGCGUGCCAUCACCAUGCGGCCCCAACAGCCAAUGUCGCGGUGUGGGUAACGUACCCGUCUGCUCUUGCCUCUCGGGCUACAUGGGUAUUCCACCCGAAUGCCGGCCCGAGUGCGUGACGAGCGCCGAGUGCGCCCCGAUGCAUGCCUGUGUCAACUCUAAAUGCCAGAACCCUUGUCUGGGUACUUGUGGACUCAACUCGGAGUGUAAGGUCAUCAACCACAACCCGGUUUGCACCUGCCCAUCGGGUUGGACCGGUGAUCCAUUCACGCAGUGUCGAAUCAUUCCCAUCUCUGUACCUUCACCUGUUGUGGAAGAAGCUACUUUACGGCCAAUUCCGCCGAACCCGUGCAAUCCACCACCUUGCGGCUCGAACGCUCAGUGUCAAGCUGUGGGUGGUGUCGCACAAUGCGCUUGCCUUGCCGGCAUGAUUGGAUCAGUACCCAAUUGCCGUCCCGAAUGCGUCAUUAGUUCCGACUGUCCAUCAAAGGAGGCCUGUGUCAACAGAAAAUGUGUUGAUCCAUGCCCGGGCACCUGCGGCGCCAAUUCUGAAUGUCGCGUUGUUAGUCACGCUCCAUCGUGCUCGUGUCGCGAAGGGUUCACCGGCAACGCAUUUGCUGAUUGCCGGCCAGUUCAAGCUGUCGUCGAAGUAAAUCCGCCAGUUGUGCCGCGCCCGUGUGAUUCACAUCCGUGUGGCCCUAACGCCCAUUGUCGUGUAAAUCCGAAUAGCGGAUCGGCGGCUUGCGUGUGCCCGCCCGACUACCGUGGAGAUCCUUACGUCUCAUGCCGUCCGGAAUGUGCGGCCAAUUCAGACUGUCCGCGCCAUCGUACUUGUCUCAAUAAUCGAUGCGUCGAUCCUUGCGCUGGCGUUUGCGGGCUCGAAUCUCUUUGUCGCGUCGUUAACCAUCUACCCGUCUGUGGCUGCCCGCAAGGCUACACGGGUGAUCCGUACAGCCUGUGCCGGCCCAUUCCUGUCACCAUUGCCCCUACGACGGCACCUUCAGUAGUUGAGCCUUGCAAUCCUUCGCCAUGUGAGGUUAACAGUCGUUGCGAGGUAUCUCCUUCUGGAGCGCCUGUCUGCGUCUGUUUGCCGGGCUUCACCGGUUCGGCUCAAUUGGGCUGUCGGCCAGAGUGUCUCUCGAAUUCAGAGUGCCCUGCCGGUCUCAGUUGUGUCAAUCGGCGAUGCCGGGAUCCUUGCCCAGGACUUUGCGGCAACAGGGCUGAAUGUUCUGUUGCCAGCCACAUACCGUUCUGCAACUGCCCACCGGGAUUCACUGGUGAUCCGUACAGUAGCCGCGGUUGCCAGAUCAUACCUUCGGCCAUACCGCCACCUUUAGCCGAAUCUGCAACGCUGCGACCACUUCCUCCCAACCCUUGCAGUGCACACCCAUGCGGUGCCAACAGUAUCUGCCAGGUAGUCCACAACACAGCACAAUGUGCUUGUAUGGCUGGCAUGAUCGGCAUUUCGCCGAGUUGUCGACCUGAGUGCGUUGUAGCUUCUGAUUGCCCAGCCAAACGAGGUUGUGUUAAUCAGAAAUGCGUGGAUCCAUGUCCGGGUACUUGUGGCCCGAAUUCAGACUGUCGAGUAAUCGAUCACUCGCCUGUCUGUUUCUGUCGUCCAGGAUUCACAGGCAAUGCAUAUGCAACUUGUCGGCCAUUACCCGUCGUUGUUGAACCUUCAGUUGUUGAGCCGACGAAGACCGGCUGUACUCCGUCGUUCUGUGGUGUGAACGCCGAGUGCCGUGACGUAAGUGGCUCCCCUGAAUGUAUCUGUCCACCAAACUAUGUCGGUGACCCAUACAGCUCCUGUCGGCCAGAAUGUGUCUUGAAUACUGACUGCCCCCGUGAUCGUACCUGUGUACGUAAUCGCUGUGAAAAUCCUUGCACGGACGCUUGUGGCCCCAAUGCUGAAUGUCGUGUGGCUAAUCACGCUCCAGUCUGCGUGUGCCAACCGGGUUUUGAAGGCAAUCCAUUUUCAUCUUGUCGACCCGUCCCUGCUGUAGGGGAACCUGGUACCAUCGACCGAGAAGAUUUCUGCAACCCGAAUCCUUGUGGAGUCAACGCCGAAUGCAGAAAGCAAGGCGUUAAAGAUACCGUCUGCGUUUGCUUGCCCGGUUUGAUAGGCGAUCCUUACGUCUCCUGUAAACCAGAAUGCGUUACCAACGCGGAUUGUUCCAACAGCAUGGCUUGCAUUGCCCAAAAGUGUAAAGAUCCUUGCCCAGGGGCUUGCGGUGUCGAUGCUCGUUGUCAAGUAACGGGCCACAACCCAGUUUGCUCAUGUCCUAAUGGCUACGCUGGUGAUCCGUUCAUCAAAUGCCAGCCUAAACCAGCUUCGAUCGGAACACCGGUGGUCAAGCCCGAAUGCGAAGUCGAUCCUGAUUGCCAGACAACUCAAGCUUGUAUCGAACAACGUUGCCUCAAUCCUUGCAUCCAACGGCCCGGCAUUUGCGCACCGAACGCCGAGUGCCGAGUCGUUCAACACCGGCCCGUCUGCGUCUGCGCUGAAGGUUUCACUGGCAAUCCUCAAGUCCAGUGUCUCCAAGUUGGUUGCCGAUCCGAUUCCGAUUGUCCUUCAAACGAAGCUUGCGUUAAUCGCCAGUGUAAGGAUCCAUGCGUUUUUGAAACGUGCGGUACCAACGCUCUGUGUCGUGUCAAUGCCCAUCGACCGCAAUGCUUCUGUCCUGAACGUCAUGAAGGCGAUCCCUAUCGCGCUUGUCGUCAACCCGAGUGUCUCGUCGAUAAUGAUUGUCCGAGCACGUUGGCCUGUCGUGAAAAGAACUGCCGCGACCCAUGCAAUUGCCCCCCAGAUACCAAAUGUACCGUUAUCAAUCACGUGCCUAGAUGCUCUUGCCCCGCCGGAUAUCAGGGAGAACCGAACACAACCAGAGGGUGUUAUCUACCAGAAGAGCAAGCGGUAAUUAAGGGUGGUUGUACAACCGAUGGCGAGUGUCCCAGCAAACACGCCUGCUUCAACGGAGAGUGCGUCAACCCUUGCACAGUCAUCAAACCUUGCGGGAUCAACGCCCAGUGCCUUGUCGUCGAUUCGCUCCCGUUAAGAACAAUGACUUGUCAAUGUCUACCUGGUUAUUUUGGAAAUCCAAAUGUCGAAUGUCGCAGCGUUCCAAUUGAAGAUCCAGGAUGCCGUUCCGAUGAUAAUUGCCCGGAUAAUCAGAGCUGCCGUAAUCGUCAAUGCGUUAGCCCUUGCACAGUUGCCAACCCUUGCGCUAACAAUGCCAUCUGCACUGUGGUCGGACAUCAACCCAAAUGUACUUGCCCUGAAGAUUUCACCGGCAAUCCCAACAUCAACUGCUAUCAAGCUAAUCCACGUCCUGCCCGCCUCUGUCUGGCCGACGUGGACUGCAAUAAGAUCAACUCGUGCCUAGACAGUCAAUGCCAAAACCCGUGCUUCGUAAACAACCCUUGUCCCCCAAGCGCCAUCUGUAAGCCAUUCGAGCGCCAAGCCCAUUGCCACUGUCCCAACGGCACCAAAGGCAAUCCUUGGAGCCAGUGCGACGCAGUUCCCAAGGUGGAGGUCGAAUGUCGAUCCGAUCCUGAAUGCCCAUUGGACAAAGCCUGCGAACAACAAGUUUGUCAAGAUCCUUGCGUCAUCGGCAAUCCUUGCGGUGACAAUGCCGUCUGUCGCACCCAACAACAUCGACCUGUUUGCUUCUGCCCAGAUGGCUGGGGUGGUGAUCCACAAAUCAAAUGCUUCCGACCUGAAUGUGAACGAGAUGACGAUUGCCCGUCGGACCGCGCUUGCAUCACUGGCAAAUGUUUGAAUCCCUGCGUCUUCGGUGGCGAUCAGUGCGGAACUAACGCUCUGUGCCGCGUCACUCUCCAUCGGCCUCAGUGCUACUGCCCGGCUGGUAUGCAAGGCAAUCCCACCGUCAUUUGCAUCCCUGUCGGCUGCCAGAGCCACGACGACUGCGCCUCCGAGGAAGUUUGCGAUCGACUCAACCGCGUCUGCGUUAAAGUCUGCGAAACCAUCACCUGCGCUCCGGCGGCUACCUGUACCGGCAAAGACCAUCAAGCCAUGUGCGAUUGCCCGCCAGGUCAACGCGGAAAUCCAUUCGUCCGUUGUAUUGAAGAUCCACCAAUCGUUACGGCCAGUCCACCUCGCCCUGAAUGUCGUUCAGAUCCUGAAUGUCCCAGCAAAGAGGUCUGCAUCAGUAACAAAUGCGUCAAUCCUUGUGGUGUCAAUCCCUGCGGUGACACUGGACAACUUUGCAGCGUAGUAGACAGCUCCCCAUUACGUACCGUCGUAUGUCAAUGUCCACCGGACAGCUUCGCGGACGAGAACAGCCGUUGUAUCUCUGCCGUGACAGGCGAAUCACCAUCCCAAGUCACUGGUUGUAAGGCUGACGAUGAAUGUCCUGCUGAAGAGGCUUGCCGUAAUGGUGUUUGCGAAAGUCCUUGCGACUGCGCUCCUGACUCCAUCUGUCGUGUCAUCAAUCGCAAACCAGUCUGCGCAUGUCGUGAAGGAAUGACUGGCGAUCCAUUAGUAGCUUGCUACAAAGUGGGAUGCACUGUAGACGAGGAAUGCCCUGGAACACACGCUUGCGUCAACGGACAGUGCAAACACGUCUGCUUGCCGGCCACCUGCGAAAGCGGAGCGGUUUGUCAAGGAAUUAACCACAAGCCCGUGUGUGAAUGUCCACCUGGAACAAAGGGCAAUCCGAACGCCGGCUGCAAAGCUAUCGGCUGUACCAACACCAAUGAUUGCCCGACGGAUCGAGCCUGUUUCAACGGUUUUUGCACUGAUCCUUGCUCAAUGCCGGACGCUUGCGCUGUCGAACAGGAAUGCAAACCAUUCAACCACACGGCCGUCUGCGAUUGCCCGCCAGGAUUCAAGGGUCACCUGAAACAGCUUGUACUCGCGUUGAUAUCGAAUUGGGAUGUAGAGCCGAUACGGACUGUCCUUCUCUAGAAGCCUGCAUCAACCGCGAAUGCAAAGAUCCUUGCGAAGCUCUCAAACCUUGCGCUCCGUCGGCCGUCUGUGAAGUCAAACCCACAUCGCCUUACCGUACCAUGGUGUGCGUCUGUCCACCUGGAACGACCGGCUAUG